AUGGCCGAAAUCAGGAAAGAUGUCACUUCCGACCAUCUCGAAUACAGCGACGAUGGGAAUACCACCAAGGGCCAGGACAGCGACCUGGUACGCGAUAUUCGCAACCUCCCCGACGAUGAACGACAGCAGCUGGAGAAGAAAUUGGUGCGCAAAGUAGACAUUCGGCUGCUCAUCAUGAUCGUGGUCAUGUACAUUCUGAAUUACCUGGACCGCAACAACAUUGCUGCCGCCAAGCUGGCCGGGCUGGAGACGGACUUGAAUCUGAAGGGUGACCAGUAUCAGAUCUCGGUCAGCAUUCUGUUCAUCGGAUACUUGCUUAUGCAGGUGCCAUCCAACAUGAUCUUAAACAAGCUGGGAAAGCCAUCGCUCUACCUCCCCGGGUGUAUGCUGGUGUGGGGUGUGAUAUCCUGCGCCACUGCUGCCACGCACAAUUUCACCGGCCUACUACUCUGCCGUUUCUUUCUGGGAUUCGUCGAGGCCGCCUACUUUCCCGGCUGCCUGUAUCUGCUUUCCGCCUGGUACACUCGUAAAGAACUCGGGAAACGAACUGCACUGUUAUAUUCCGGUUCCUUGCUAUCCGGUGCCUUCUCCGGUCUCAUCUCGGCGGGAAUCACCAGUGGACUGAAUGGCGCGCGAGGCCUGGGCGCUUGGAGAUGGUUAUUCAUUAUCGAAGGAUCGCUUACCGUAUUUGUCGCGUUCCUCUCGUUCUUCAUCAUUCCCGAUCUACCACGAACCACGCGAUGGUUGUCGGAGGAAGAGAAAGCCCUGGCUGCGUGGCGGUUGGAGGCCGACAUUGGUGAGGAUGAUUGGGUAGACCAGCAACACCAAUCUAUGUUGCAUGGCGCCAAGUUGGCAUUCUUCGAUAUCAAAGCCUGGCUCCUACUGGGGACCAUCUACGGCUGCACAGCUUCAGGAGCUGUGACUACCUUCUUCCCCAGAGCGCUGAUGAGGUUUAGUGUAAUGGCUGGUCUUGGAAAGAAUAAUAUCGAUACUUUGCUGCUCACGACACCGCCGUAUCUGAUCGGAACAAUUGUUGUCCUGAUCAAUGCCUGGCACGCCGAUUUGACAGGGGAGCGCUAUCUGCACAUCGUCCUGCCUCCGAUUCUCGCAAUUGUGUCGUUCAUCCUCGCCAUGGCGGGGAGUUCUUUCGCCGCACGAUAUGUGGCGAUGUGUAUCAUGCUUCCUGGAAUCUAUUCCAGCUAUGUGGUAGCCCUGGGCUACAUCUCCAACAUCCUCCCCCGUCCCGCAACAAAGCGAGCGGCGGCUCUUGCCUUGAUCAAUUGUCUGAGUAAUGUUUGCCAGAUCUAUACCCCGUAUCUAUACCCGAACUCGGCAUCACCAAGAUAUAUCACGGCAUUCAGCGUGAACAUCGCAAUGUCUUCCAUGACCAUCAUCUUUGCCACAAUCCUGCGUCUUUACCUUGGACGACUGAACAAGCGGCUGGACCGAGAAGAGGGUACCAAUAUGGGGGCCUCGAGUAGCCAGCGACACGAUAAUGAAGAACAUGGGCUGCCUGGUCAGGCUGUGACUCGAGGGUUUAGAUUUCUGCUCUAG